AAAUAUACGUGACUUUCCAGUAACGAUUGUUGAAUCUGUCAUCACCUUUUUGCAUUCAGUGGGGAACUGAGUUGUCAGAAUGUCUUAAGAGCUAGUCGCGGCCCUCAAGCGCUGUUUGCCUACGUGCAAUUCCACAGCCACCAAAAUGCGGAUUGUCCACCUUUCCGCCUUUUUUGCCAUACUUCUUCUGGCUGACCUAUCUCUGGCGCAGAGGGGAAGAGGAGAAGGCAGAGGUCGUGGUAGAGGACGAGGCCGAGGAGAGUUCCGUGGCAGAGGGCAGUUUCGAGGUCGAGGUCGUGGAAGAGGGCAAGGUCCUCAGAACGGUGAUCAGAACGACUCCGAGGAAGUGCAGAGCUCAGUAUGCCAAACAGCCACAGGUCUGGCAGGAGUCUGUGAGCCGUUGAGUCGCUGUGUGUACCAGUUCAAUGGCGCCGAUGACAUCGCUGGGUCCCGCUGCGGAAGGGGCAACAAAGUGUGCUGCCCUGUGGACACGCCUCCCACCGUGGAGCAGAGUCCCGUCCGCCGACCUGCGAAUGUGGCCGGUAGACGAGUAGUGUCGCUGCCCGAGAUUACGCAAGAAGAUCUGGACAUCGCCGGACGAGCGAGUAUCAGCAUCGUUCGUGGAAUAGACGAUGCCGAAAGAGCACUGUUGAAUGAUGGCAUCUUUGCGAAGCGGAAGUCAACCGCCUCUCAACACGCUGCAUUCUUUGGUUUCAAGCUCAUCGUUCAGUCUCUCGGCAGGGACGGCCUCCUCGGCCUCGAAGCAACCCGAGAACUUGCUCGCAGGUUUAACCUGGACUCGGUACAAGGACGGGAUGGUCUUCAAAGGUUCAACAUUCAGAACACGGUCAUCGCCGAUGCUUGCCCGAAAAUUCCUCGCUGCCCUUCCACCAAGUUUCGAUCCGUCGACGGACUGUGCAACAAUCUCCAGAACCGAGAGUGGGGGAAGUCACUGACCGCUUACGAGAGGUUCAUACCGCCAAGCUACGCCGACGGCAUCACGCUUCCUCGAGUGAGCAUCGAUGGAGGGCCGCUUCCCAGUGCGAGGAAAGUGUCGGUGACGCUGAUGCCAGACGCGGACGUACCGAACCCGCUGCACACCCUCAUGCUAAUGCAGUUUGGCCAGUUUAUUGACCACGACCUCACACUGACUGGAGUUACACGAUUCAGCAACGGCUCCGCCAUCACCUGCUGCGACCCGCAACUAGUAGCGAAUCCGACGAAGCGCCACUUCGCUUGCAUGCAGAUCGACCUGUCACCCGACGACCGCUUUUACGGCCAGUUCCAACAGAACUGCCUCGAGUUCGUCCGUUCCGUGGCGGCUCCGAGGCCCAAGUGUGCAUUUGGACCGCGCGAGCAGCUGAAUCAGCUGACAGCGUACCUUGACGGCUCGGCUAUCUACGGCUCCACGGAAGACGAAGCGAAGGCUCUGCGUAGCAUGAGAGACGGCCGCCUGGCGUCUACAGUGUUCAGCAGUGACGAGAUGCUGCCUUUACAGCCUGAAGGUGUUCAUGCCUGUGUCGGAGACGGCGCUUGCUUCCGAGGAGGUGACGCGCGCGUCAACGAGCAGGUAGGCCUCACGGCAAUGCACACGCUGUGGAUGCGGGAGCACAACCGUGUAGCCGCUGAGCUUCAGCGGUUGAACCCUGGCUGGAAGGACGAGAUCUUGUACCAGGAGGCCCGACGAAUUAUAGCCGCAGAAUUCCAACACAUCACCUACAACGAGUAUCUCCCCCUUCUACUGGGUCGUGAAAUCAUGAAAGAAUUUGACCUGUUGCUGACAGCCAGAGGCUACAGCAACAGCUACGACCCGGAGCUGAAUGCCGGUAUCGGAAAUGUGUUCGCUGCGGCUUCGUACCGAUACGGACACUCUCUGGUGCAGGGCCAUAUUGAUCUCAUCAACGAGGAUGGCUCGGUGCACAAGAGAUUACCGCUGGCAUCGCAAUUCUUUAACCCGGCUGAACUUACGGAACCAGGAAACAUCGACCGAUUUUACCGUGGUCUCAUCACCCAACCAUCUCAGAGCUAUGACGGCUUCAUGAGCGAGCAGCUGACGAACCAUCUUUUCGAGCCUCCUGGUUUCCCCUUCGGAACAGACUUGGCCGCUUUGAACGUCCAGCGUGGACGUGACCAUGGCCUACCCAGCUACAAUGACUGGCGCGAGUUCUGCGGUCUACCACGAAUCACAGAUUUCUCGGAGCUGGCCGACGUCAUGUCUCCGCAGGCUGCCCAAGCCUUCGCUCAGGUGUACAAGUUUCCGGACGACAUCGACCUUUUCGCUGCUGGCGUAAACGAGCGCCCGGUGGCCGGAGCAGCUCUGGGUCCCACAUUCGCUUGCACAAUAGCCGAGCAGUUCCGGAGGAUGAAGAAUGGCGACCGCUUCUGGUAUGAAAACGGAGGCCUCGAGUCAUCUCUCAAUGAGGUGCAAAUCGAAGAAAUCCGCAAAGCAAGCCUGGCACGGAUUAUCUGUGAUAAUUCCAACGUCAGGUUCGUCCAGCCACUCGUGAUGAUCCGGGAAAGCAGCUGGAAUCCCAAGGUUGACUGCAACAGCGAGGACAUUCCACGGGUUGACUUCGACAACUGGCAGAAUGAACCAGUGUGGACGUAAUUUUUUGCCACGUGCGCCCGGUGCUACCCUUGACUUGUCGCUUCUUCGUCCUUCGCACCGGUACUUCGCUGGUUGUGCGUCGCCCAGAGAAAUAAUUCUCAUGUACAUACUUCUUUUUUGCCAGGCUAUGGCGAAUAAACUUUCGCUGAUACACGAGCGCUAA